AUGAAUGAAUUUAACGAUUUCAAAUAAUUGCGUUAAAAUUACUCAAAUGCUUUAGAAAAAAAUAUUCAAAAACUUUAAGGUAGAUUAAAGGCUUUAAAUAAUAAUAUAAUAAACUCUACAUCAGCUUAAAAAAUUACAAUGACUAAAAAUCCAACAGAAGUUAAAUCAUUAAGAUCAUCAUGCUUAUUUCCAGACAAUAAUUUGGCAUCACCAACAGACAGAUUUGAGAAUAGUCAAGUUUUUGCUAAUUUUAAUAGAUAUAGUAGUCUUGAUGUUCCUUAAGCAAAUUAAGGAGUAUAAAAAAGUAAAUAAUCACCAGAUGUAUUUGAAAAUAUUUUUUUGAAAUAAUCAUACAUUCCUUAUGAAUAGAAAUAAAUAAAAUAAGCAAAUAAAACAAAGUAAAAAAACACAUAAAGUAAUACUUUAAAGAUAACAAAAAAAGUAGAAAAAAAUCAUUUUACACAUUAAAUGAAUAGUUAAUCUUUAUAAAAUAUAAAAAAGAAAGAUGAUAUUUCAUAAGAUAAAACAUUAAAAAGAAAUCCUGAAAAAAAGAAAGUACUAAUUCCAUCAGGUGCUUAAUCAAAGACUAAGAAUACUUCUCGUUCACCAUAGAAAUAAAGAGUUAAAUAAAAUAAAUAAUAAACACCAUCAUAAAAUAUACAUAAACCAUUGCUUAAUGAUAUUUUGAAGAAAUUUGUAUCAUCUAAAACUAGUUUAAGUAGAACCAUAUCUAAAUCUAAAUCAAAAUCAAAAUCUAAGUCAAAAUCACCUGAAAAGGAAUCAACUUCUUUUAAAAAGAAAUAAAAAUCUAGAUCAAGAGAAUAAGCAAUACAUCAUUAUAAUGAAUAAAUUACUUCUUAAUUUAGUCCAAUAUAAGAUAAAUUUCAAAUGAGAAAUAUUGAUUAUUCACCAAGUUUAUUACGAUAAGUUAGAACUUUAAGUAAAAAGUAGGGAAUUAGUAAAUCAAAAUAAUCAUUAUAAUAAUAAUAAUAAAUUACAAAUUCUAGUCCAAGUAAAGUAUCAGAGAUUCAUACAUUAAGAUUGAAGCAUUUAUUAAGGGAAAAAUCAAAUAAAUAAGAUAGAAAAGUAAGAAAUUAAAUAAGAACAACUGAAUCUCCAAUUUAAAUAAGAGAUUAUAAAAUAGAUGUAUUUAAAUAUUAAAUAUAUAUAUAGGUACCUUAAAUUAAAAGUCUUGAAGAUUAAGCAAAAGAUGACUCAAAACCAAGUUCGGUAAGACUAAAUACUUUAUCAAUUUAAAGAUCUGAUGAGAAGGAUCGUAGUGUUUUGAUGAAUAUAUUUAAUGAAUUGAAAAAUUUAUCUGAAGAUUAGAUUCAAUAAUUUUAAUAAAUAUUAAAGUAAAUUAGAGUUGAAAGAAAAGAUGAAGAAUUGUAAACUUCAAUAUCAUAUUUAAAUUAAGUAGUAAUAGAAAAUUAAAAAGCAAAUAAUUAAACAAAUUAAAAAAAUAAUAUAUUAGAAAGUCAUUUAAAGAUGGCAUUAGAAGAAUUUCCUAAAAAAUCUUAUGCAUCAUCACCUAUGUCAAAUAGUAGUUUUAUUUUUAAGAAAGAAUUCUUAACAAAUUCAUAAAUAGAAGAGAUAUGUUAAUAAAGAGAGAAAGUAAAAUAAUAUAUUAUAUAUUAAUUAGAGUAUAAAAUUGAGAGUUAAUAGUUAAAUGUAAGCAUUUUAGAAUUUAUUACAAUAAUAAAAAAUAUCUCCAAGAUCAUUUCAUCAUAAUAAAUAAUUAGUUUAAUCUUGGUUCUCAAAAUAAGCAGAUUAAUUAUAGAAAUUUAAAUAAGAAUUAUAGAAAGUUUAAAAAUAAUCAAAUACAUUAUUAAAAAAGACUGAAUAAGAUGUGAUUAUUGUUAAAGAUUUAAAAAAAGAUUAGAUGUUAGUAUUAUCUUAGUUAUGUAUGUAUUAACACUUUAAUAGUUAGAAUAAAUUUCAUUUGAUUAAUCUGAAAUUAAAGAUGAAAGUUUCUUAGAUUAAUCUGAUCUUUAAUUUAGUAUUCCAAAUUCUCCAAAAAUAGUUACUCCAAAUACAAAAUUCUUAAAUUAAAUUAAUGAUAAAAAUGAAAUGAAAAUUGUUUAAUAACAAUCUAUAUCAUCAUCAUAAUAGAAGUAGAAUUAAUUUUCAAAACCAUUUUAGUAAGAUCCAAAAAGAAAGGAUUUUGAAAUUUCAACAUUUAAUGAAGAAUUAUUUUUUGGAAAUUAAAUUACAAGACCAUUAUAGGUAUCUCCUAAUAAUGAAUCUAAAUAAGUAAUAACAGAUUAUAGAGAACCAUAAGUAUAAAUUUAUGGUUUGAAUUACUCUUUAAAAGUAGAAGAAGAAACUGAAAAGAUUAUUGAAUAAUUAGUUGAUGAAGCAUCAAAUAGUUUAAAUAAAAUAGAAUUAAUAUAAUAAUAUGCUUAUUAAACUAAUGCAGGAAUAUUAACAAAUUUGGGAGUAAUAAAUAAUUUUAUAAAUUUGAUGUGUUUUGCAAUUUUAGGUAGAAGUUUAAAUAUUAUGAAAUAGAAAAUAAUUAAGAGGAAUUCAUUAAGAGAAUGAAUACUCCAUAUGGUAGAAAACCCAUAAGUAGAUUGAAAUUAUUGCAUGGAUAGGAUGAUUACGAAAGUCAUCAAGAAAUUUAACCACUUUACUAAAUAAGUUAUAAAAGAAAUCUAUCAUAGAACAAAUUAUGGAAACUCAAAAUUAGUAUGAAAAAAUUCACAACUAGGCCAUAUUUGAUGCUUUCAAUGAUGCUCUCAAUACUUUAAGACCAUUUUAUUAAGAUGAAGGGAUUCCUUAUCCAUGGUGCAUAGAAACAAAUAUUUCAUAAAGAUUAUGUUAUGGAAUAGAAGAUAUACCUAAUAUCUUAGAGAGAGCAAGAUAAAAAGUAUUUGAUUGGUCUAAGACUCUAUGUGGUAUAAGUACUUAAGAAUGAUUAGGAUUGUUAUCUGAUGAGAUUCCUGUGAUAUCAGUUAGACAACUUAAUUAUGAGUAACUUAUAA